AGAACAAUUUCACUUGCCCAGUUAGUUUAGCAACUCCAAAUCCCUAGCCAUGAAAAUUGUAUCUGUUUGACAAAAUAAAAAACAGCACAGUUCACAGGUUUAACCCAGUCGCAGCCACAAAAAACACACGGAGCAAAUCUAGCUGGGAUAAUCCGAGCACACACUCAGAAUGGGCGCCCAGUUGGCCGGCGAGACGCGUGCCGAGGGGGCGGAGGGCGGGGCAGGACCUGGACCCAUCCCAACACCCCACCUGCAGCAGGACUCCACGGCUAAGCAGGCAGAUAAGUCGGAAAAGUCGGACAAGGAGGAGCAGGAGCCGUCGGGACAGCAGGAGCCGCAGGACCACGCUAAGGAGCACCCACAACCGCAACUCGUCUCCAUGGAAUCACAGUCACCCAGGCUGGUUGGGCACAGAUCUAGAUCAGGAAGCAUUACCUCCGACAUCCAGCGAAUGCCAACGGAGGCCAUCUACGCGGAGUUCGAGCGGCUGGUGCAGCGGGUGGAGGGCUCCCUGAAGGAGGUGGUGGAGCCGCCCUGCGCCGAUGUGGCCGCCCGGCUGCAGAGCUGCCUGCAGGCGCACCGCCAGCGGUCCUGCAACUGCUUCCCGGCCAUGGAGCAGUACCGCAACUGCGUGCUGCUGGCCACCCAGAGCCGGGUGGACGACCUGGCGGACCGGGAGCCACCGAUGAUCCCAGUGGUGCCGCCCCAGCCGAUGCCACGCCCCGCUGUCCCCCCGCGGUCCAAUCGCCGAUGGUGGAAGUUCUGGACCUGGUUCCGCUAGCCACAGAGAUGCACUUUUCGAUCCCCAAUCGCUGUCCGUUUCCAACCCCAAGGAAUUUCCAUCCCAAGCACAAUAAAGAAAGGGCUUCAUUAACGAAGGACGUAGACUUGAAUCCAUCUUACUGGUUGUCUCGGUUGCACCAGGUGCAGCCACAAGGAUGACGGUUGCCAGUGGAUUUUUGCCACAGUGGCUGCUCGGAAAUUCGAUAGGGCACCUAUUAGUCCGGACUCUGGCGAAAAUUGCAAAAUUCCAUUUUUGCCAGGGCGUUGAGAUACUUCUCAGCAGAGUAACUUAAAUCCAAGGAGGGUGGCUUGUUUUCUGGGAAAAGAAUUCACAAAGUAUAUUUGGAAUGGGGCCUUUUGAGCUAAA